CAAUAUACCCUGCGCCAUUUUUUGGUUGUCCGUGUUUAGCAAAAUGCUUGCAUUAUUUAUUUAUUUUCGCUUAAAAAGUAGGUCUUAACGUAGUAAAAUGCAAGGCCGAUUCAUACCACUGGAUGUCUCUGUAACACAGAUUUUAUCAUAUUUAUAUGGAUUUUAUCCUUUAUGAAUUAUCAUUUGCUGUGAACCAGUCUCGCGUUGUCAGACCUAUCUCCACACUGUGAACCUAGUAACAUGGUUGAUCGCAUUCGAUGUUAACAGGUAAGUUCAGAGCAUGGUUCAGGGGAAAGGUAAAAUCCAUUAGUACGGAGGAAAUUCCGUUUCACUAUUUUUGACUGUGUGAGUGUUUUCAUUUCUUGAAACACUGGAGGUAACCGUAAGACAAGGAAUAUUUCCCAUUGCACCUGGGGAUUCCCAUUUAAAAGUGUUGCACUAACCCAUUGAGCACACACUCAAAGCAGGUGGAGUCAAAACAGCAUCACGUGACAAGGUGCAGACUUUUAUAGAGGUGUGCUUGGAUAAGAAAAUAUAUUUUCACAAAGGCCUGUUAUGGAGACAGGUCAUUUGGCUGUGCCAGAACAGAGUGUGAGAUAUUGAGAUAUUUACAAUGGAGCUCAAUGGUACACUGAGUGAAGAUCAGAUUGAUGUUCUCUCUACUGAGUACUUAGUGUUACUCACUCCCAGUGUGAUUGGAAGUUUUUCUGUUCUGGUGGUUUCUACAGUGAGAUGGAGGUAUCUAAAAGAACAGGUGUACCUCCUGGUGCAGCUCGCCCUGGCGGACCUCCUGGCUGCUCUGAUCCUGAUGUCCACCAGUGUCAUGAACAAAUUGAGCACUGACAACAGUGUAAUCAUCUGCCAAUACAGCCUGCCACUGUCACUGACAUUUUAUUUCAUUUCAUUUUUGCUGGUGGUGGUUUACGCAUGGAAUUCAAAGAAUGCAAUCCAAGGGUGGAGAGCAAGAUCCACUGAGGAUGAGGGUGGACAGAGCCGGUGUAGAAGGAAAAUAGUCGCUAUACCUGUAUAUGCCAUUGUGUGGUUGAUCCCCAUUGCAAUAUACAUAGCAUAUGUGCUCACUCCCUUCAUAAAAACAACUCCGAUGAUUCCAGUCACUGACAGAGCAUUGAUUGUCCGUAAUGAUAGCAAAUACUGCACCAGUUGUAUUUUGUUCUUGCACGUCUGGAGUGAUUCCUGCUCUGUUGCUGAGAGAAUUCACGACACUUUUAUUAGAGUUCUUCUCUUCCUCAUCGUGAUAUCAGUGAUGCUUUCUUGCUCUGUCAUUUACUAUAAGGUUGGCAAAUGGUAUGAAAGACAUGAGCAGGAAGGGCUUUUUCCUGUGGAGGGAGAUGGACGUUCAAGAAGGAGAUUCAAAAGAGUGUUUUCUACUGCAAGAAAUAUGGUGAUGGUCAUCUUAUUCUGCUGGACACCAGCUCUUGUACUCAUUCUACUGUCUACCCUGAUGAAUUGGACAAACAUUGAACAACACAGCCUAUUUGGCCUUUACAUGCUACAGGCUGCAAGCGUGUCCCUGCAAGGCUUUCUAAACAGUAUGGUGUACGCCUGGAGACGGCCCAACUUCAGGGAGGCUGUUCUAGGGGAGAAUACACCCCUGCUGGCGCACGAACACCUGGCCUUCUUUGAUGAAUCACUGAGGAGCUCGUUGUGAUUCGAAAAUUAGUCGCCUCUAAACACACUGAGAGACAUUGUUGUACUGCUGAAACAACACGCUGGCUGGAGAAAGACUGACUGCAAGCCUGACUUCAUGUCAAUCUAGACUGAAAAACAUAAUGUUCUCAUGUGUGGCCUGCAGAGAAAAAGAAAUAGAACUUACAGAUGAAGGAUGCACAAAGACUGAUGCAGUGUUUUUCUCUGCGGCUGCUAAUUUUUUGUUAUGUUUUGUGACAUCACAUUUAUGUAAAGUAGUUUCAGAGAGGAAUGAUGAAAAACCUGUCAGGGUUACAUACUCUGCAUUCGCUGUUGUGUCAUAUCAGAAGCAUGUGUCACAUAUAGUCUGUGGAGCAUUUAUGAGUUGGAACAGUGAGGAACGCUGAGUUGCUGCACACAAGAGAAUGAACACGAUAUCUGCUUUGUCAUGCCUGUGUGCAACCACAACUGUAUCUCAUAAAGAAUCAUGUGUGGUUGUGUAACUGAGGGCAUACAUGAGGCAUAUACAGUAUAGUAGUUCACAAACACACACACACACACACACACACACACACACACACACAGACACGACAAUCAGUACACUCUUAUGUCAUAGUAUCCUAAACUCCAUGAUAACUUUUAAGCAUGCAUGUCUGUCUCUGAGUUGAACUCCCUGUUAAUGGUUGACAGACUGCAGGCCAACCGGUUGAUGUUUGAAUAAGUGAUCACCUGACUCACUCAUUUAUUCAAUGUACUGUAAAAUCAACUUGAUGUUAACUUUCUUUGCUGAAGACCACACAGUCACCUGCAUGCUGUUGACGCAUUUAAUACAACAUAAGGGUUAUACAUAACACAGGGUUGGAAGUUAUAGAUAUAACAUAUCUAUGUCUGUUUAAAAAUAAGUGGUGUUCCAUUCUGCAGAGCUGUUUUUCUCCAUUGUGUUCGCUAUGAAUUCAGUUAAGAAACAAACCCCUUUGUAUGAUAAUAAGUUGAGUUACUAUCACAGAUCCGAAUAGUCACUUACUGUUAAAAGCCAUGCAGCCUGCACUUAUUGACCUAAUUUGAAUUUAUUUGAAGCAUUCCAUUUUUUGAUGUACUACGCACCAGAGUGUUACUGAAAAAGCAGGCACAAAGACAGAGAUUUGAUAAAUCUUCUUCCCUUUAAUAUGAGGCCAAAUUAUGUCUUUUGGGCAGAACAGUGCCACUCAUGACCUGUGUACAGUAUUUAUCUGCUGUUUGGUCAUACAGUAUUUUUAUUGUUUUGGUCAAGUGUAUAAAGUAGCCAACCAGUAGCCAAACCUUUUAUUAUCAUAUUAAUUAUUUUUUAGCAUGACACUGGCAUAAACUGCACCCAUACUGUACUGACAGGACUGCAUGUUCAUGUUUGUCUGUGUGUAUGCAUAGUUGCUCCAUGAAUCAUCUGCCCAGUGAAUUUUCUGAAUAUGAUAAAUGAACCCCACAGAUUUGCUGACUAAACUGCAAGGCUGUGGCUUAGAAAUUACUUUCUGGAUUUCAAAAUGUGUU